AUGAUGAAGUCGAAAGAGAAGAGGUUUCUGAAGGAAACGUUCCUUGCGGGGGUACGGCGAUCACUGAAAAAAAGUUCAUUCAACAAACCGAUAAAUGAGUUGCUGAUGGCAAAGCCGGCUUGUGUUGAUUUGAAGGAGGCGAAUGAAGAUGUUAAAGCUGGAGUGGUACGUGGUCAGGUGAAGGACAGCAAUAGCGACGAGAUAGUCGAGCGUAGGAUGAAGAAUGAAACCAGUGAAAAUGCGAUCGAAUCUCGGGAUUCUUCAAUUAACGAUGAAAAUAUGGAACCAGAAGGUGAUCUUCAACGGCAAUCGUCUGCAAAACGUGAAGGUCAAGCACGACCAGAUAACAGUGGUGGUCACAGAGCCGAAUCGGGAACGAGGAAACGGAUUCGUUCACGGACGUCAUUUGUGUGGAAAAUGGUUGAGGAGACCGAAGAGGGUUUCAGUUGUUCAUUGUGCGGUAAAAACAUCAAGUCAGCAUGUGCAACGAACAUAACCGCACAUAUGGUUCGAAAACAUCACAAGCAACUUCUGUAUGAAAGGCAACUGGACGAUAAGAUAAGAGCUGAUGCAAAAGCUUCGAAUCCAAGACGGACGAUGUCCGUGACGCCUCGUGUACGUACUGGGCAAUACCGUUCAACAGCUCUUACGGAGAUUAAACUAGAUUUUACUAAAAUCCAGCCAUCCUCCACUCUGAACUACGAUCAAAAGCCGCUCGUCAACCAAUCUGAACCAACAAAACUCUUGAAGAUGGCUAUCAUUACGUCGAAUAUGCCAAUAACAGUUAUCGAUAAUGACUUGUUCAAGAGGUAUUCAUCACUGAUCCCGCAUUUCACUCCUAUCACAUCGAACGCUGUGUUCAGUCUGAUUGGUAGUGAAUUCGUGAGUAUGUUUCUUCGAAUCAAACAAAUCUUGUGCAAAGUUGAUGCGGUUUCAAUCUCACUCACAAUCUCCAUGCCAACCGAUCCGUUCAGUCGUGCAUUCGUAUUCAUCGUCGUCAACUUCUUCCAUCCAGACACAUUCCAGUUCACUCGUUAUUUGUUGGAUAUUGUUGAGUUGAUGAAAAAUUAUACGAGCGAUUCGGUUAAAGAGAGUGUCGAGCAAGUGCUGUGCACAUACGGAAUUAAGCAUAAAGUUUUUCGCAUCGUCGGUGAUAUCGGACGUACAAUACAAGCCAGUCUUGUUGAGCCAUUCAUCUAUUCGUUGCAAGGCAACGGUAAACCGCUUACAAGCGAUGAAUUCGAUAAGUUGUCGACUGAAGAAGCCGUGCAGUUGGUGAUCGAAGAGAAAUGCGAUGCGUUGAAACAGAGUAGUAUUGAUGGGGGUAACCUACCCGAAGUGAGUGAUCUGGAGCAGGCAGCACUGAUCAAAUGUUGUGAAUCAUUUGAAGAUUACACCCUGUUACCUAUUUCGACGUUGAUGGCCGUACUACACGAAUGCUUCGAAACGAAUGUCUUGAUGCAAAAACUGAGGGAGUGUGUUUAUGAUCUGUUGAAGAUGUUCUCAAAAUCGGCAAUUCUUAUGAAAGCGCUUAUCAUGGAAACUGGUGGUAAGAAGUUGUUACUACCUGCCGAUACGGACUGGAUCACAGUCUACAUCACAUACAGAUCGUUUAUUGAGAUAUCGCCCGUUGUCGAUAUCGUAUGUGUUCGUAACAAUAUCACACCGUUGGCUUCUGCACUGACUGAACGUAUCUGUGAGGUUGUUAAACUAUUGCAUAAAUUCUAUGAGAUGACAAUGAUGCUACAGCAAACUGAACGACCAACCAUUUCACACGUACUUCCGGCCGUUCUCGAACUCAGUGAACAUCUCAUUUAG